GGAAGACAGAGAGACAUCCACACACAGGCAGAGACAUCCAGAGAGAGACCAGAGUUCUGAUAUUCAAGGGGAAGUAAAGAGUAGGUGAAGAUUUCCCCAACUGGGCACCUGGAAUAAUUGCCAAGGAAGAAGAAAACCAAAUAUUGAGGGUAUUGAGACCCCAUCAAGCUCACAAUGACCUUGCUAUUUCUAACAUGGCUUCUGCUGGUGAGCCUGAAGUGCCCUACUCUGGGGCAAAGCUGUGACAUGCCUGAGGGAGAUCGCCAGCUUCUUCUGGCCAAGGUGAAGGAGCAAAUUAUAGAAGCACUUGGGUCACCUCCACCUCAACCCACCAAUUCCUCCCCAACACCAUCUGCUUAUCUUGAGGGGCCCGUGCAGAGAAUGCUACACAAGAGGCACAGCAAGAGGCAUCAGGACAACAUGGAGGAUGUCUCCCAAGUCAUUCUCUUCCCUUCCUCAGAUGUCCUAUGUGAAACCACCCAAACUGGCGCCAAUGAAGAGGGUUCUGAAAACAGCUUCACCUACGUCUUCCGCCCUUCCCCCCACAUCCGCACCCGGAGGGUCUCUGCAGCUCAGCUUUGGUUCUACACUGGCCACCCCGCCGCUGAAGAAUCUGCCAUGUUGAAAAACGUGUCCAGUUCUAUGUCCGACCAGAUGGGCGUUGAGCCAACGUUGGAGACUUUGGGCUCGGAUCAGCUGCCCCCAAGCACUGGAGCUGCCCAAAAGCCACACGCGGUGACCGCUGCGCCCUUGGACGUGGCUACAGAGGUUGCAGACACUGUGGGACAUGCAGUUGACCUCCAGGUGCUGUCGGAACAUGAGCCGGUGACCGUGGCCACCACCAAGGUGCAACGUGUGGACGACUGGACCGUCUUUCACUUGGCCCCGGCUUUCCUGAACCUCGUCACAAGGGAGAUAUUUGUGCUCCUGGUUCACUGCCCAACGUGCCCAUGUUCUGACCAGCCUGAGCACACCCCAUUCAUCACCUUCAGCACCCACCCCACCCAGCGUAACCGUCGCUCUGGGGUGCCUUGGUCCCCCUCUGCUCUGGAAUUUCUGCAGAGGCCCCCGGAAUCCGGAGCCGGAAGUGAUCACUGUCACCGCGGUUCCCUCAACAUCACAUUUGAAGAACUGGGUUGGGGCCAGUGGAUUGUGCACCCCGGCAGCUUCCAGUUCCACUACUGCCAUGGCACGUGCUCGCCUACCCACGGCCUGACUCCAGCCCUCCACUGGGGGCACUGUUGCGCAGCUCUGCCCAGCACCAUGAAGUCACUGAGAGUCACCACCACAACCGACGGAGGAUUCUCGUACCGAUAUGAGACCGUCCCCAACAUACUGACCCAAGACUGUGCCUGCAGCUGAGUAUUAGCCAAGGAGGGGCUCAACUGGCCAAGUCCAAAUGGAGACGCUUCCUGAUACCUGGAAUAUUCUACAGAACUCCAGUGUCGGCUGAAGACCUUGGCUCUUAUAUUUCCCCUAAUCCUUUGCACUAAGAGAACCAAUACAACAGCUCCCACCCUGUAUAAUAAAUCUAAACAGAUAAUGAUACAUACAGUGUAAUAGUGAGGAUUUGGGGCCACUUGUUGCCUUUCGGAGAAUGGAGGUGACCGGGUUCAUAUAAAAAGUUUAAUAAUUAUUCUGCCAUUCAAAUAAAAAUGAUAUUUGGCA